AUGGCUACCAAAGAUUCAUCAAUGAACUUUCCCGAAAUCAUCAUCGAAAGUGAAGGAUCCAACCCAAGUUCAGAAUGGGACGAUUCAGAAGAAGACUCCGAUUUCGAAAUGCUCCAAGAAACCCAUCGAAGCUUCUCCAACCUCUCACUCAGAAACAAGGCGAAAAAGCGCAUAGUUGAUGAUAAGGGUAUGGCUGAUUCUGAGAUCGAUUCGGAAGUGGUUAAGAUCAGUGCAGUUUCUGUUGAUGAUGAAGGUUUUGAAACAGUUCAGAAGUUAAUAAAGGAUGGAUUGCUAGACAAACUGAAAGUGGACCAAUGCAAGAUGUAUUUGAAGAAGAAUGGUCUAAGGUUAACCGGAAAUAAGGACACACUUAUCCAGCGUAUUAAGGAGCAUCAAGAGAUUAUAAAUGGUGGAGGGGAGAAAAAAUACCCGCCUCAUAGCUUUGUUUUGAAUUGUAAAGGUGAUGCAUGCACCGGUGAUGUUGUUUUGUUUGAGCAGAAUGUGUAUGAAAUGUUCAACAUAGCAUCUAGGAGUGCCAGCGGUCCUCCGAGUGGCACAAGGAUUGUUGCAGGCCGCAUAGUGAAAGAAAGCUAUGGUGCUGCCAAACAACAGCAUACAUUUACGAUUGAAGUGCUCUGGAGCAAGGGAGAGAAGCCCCUACCUCCACUUCAUCCUCUACUGAUAAAGGGUCGAAACCUUUAUAGGUUGAAGACUUUGAGACAGAGAUGGGAAGAUGAAGACAGAAGGAGGAAUAUGUUAAUGGAAAAACACUCUCGGGGAUUCGUUGCUAGGGCUGAUAGGGAAGCAAGGGUACAAGAAAAGGAGCUGCGAAAAUCAAUGAAGGAAAAUAGGAUCUCCAAAAAAGAUUCUGGGAAGAACCAAUUCCAAUCACAUUCACAAAUUCAACCCCGAGAAACAAAAAAUGUAUUCAUUACUUCAGCAUCUGCAAGUUUACCUAAAUCAGCAGCAGUAACUGAACAGCUUGUUCAAUCUAUUGAUUCUCGAACUGUUGCAAUGGGAUCUUCUAACCAGUUCAGAAAUUCAGGAAAUUCAUCUGUUAGCACAAACUACCAUUCUGCAGUCAACCAUUUCAGAGACAAACCUAUUAGUCUCGAGGGAUACCACCCUUCCAUUGUUGACACAAACAACUUUGCAGAGAGAUUUUUUCAUCCAAGGAAGCCUUUGACAAGUGCAAAUCACUUUUUUCCGUGUCUGCCGAAUGCAAAUCACAUGCAUGCAGGGUUCACAAACCGAGAAAGCUAUCAGCAAAAACAGUUUUGUAGACAUUUUGCUAGGGGAAGAUGCCAUUUUGGAGAUAACUGCAAGUUCUUGCAUGGUUGA